AGCCACAGCUCAACUACAUCCCCCUCCCGGAACAAAAUUUUUUAGUUUCGUCCGAUCGUCCCCUUGGGAAAUCACGAGGCCUAAUUUCCGAUUCCAUUUCUUGCUUCUGUCGCCUGAUCCCUUCUCCAACUCCCCGCCGUCGCCACUCGCCGAUCUCCCUCAAUCGCAAGCCCAAUACCGACGGCGAGGUGGUGAUUCGCGAGGAGCCGAACUGCCGAUCUCCGAACACUUUUCCGGCGUCGAAUCCCCUCCGAGUGAGGUACUCAGCUUUGGAUGUAGUUUCAAUGUCUCCAACAUCGUUUUCAUGUACAAUUAAGAGAUUUGAGCUGCUUUAUGCACAUUCUUGAUUAAAAGAAGACUAUUAUUGCGCUCAAAGAAGCGUAGAAGAGAUAUGUAUAGGCAAGUGGCUGCAACCGCCACCCAUGGUGGAGUACCUACAGAUAGUGGAGAUUCAGUGGUGACACUAGAUCAAGUUCCCCGUUGGAUUGAUGCUGAGCAUAGGUACUUGUACGAGAACGAUGAUCCCGGUUUCCCUAAUUCAUAUUUCCCAGAUCCUUUGGCCUCUACUUCUGGGACUGAGAAUAAUGGAAAUGGUGUCCUUUCCAAGUUUCCAGUGGAUCAUGAGGUGAAUUCCAAGAUCUAUUUGUGGAGAGGGGACCCUUGGUAUCUUGAGGUGGAUGCUGUAGUUAACUCAACCAAUGAGAACUUGGAUGAAGCCCACAGCAGCCCUGGUCUGCAUGCUGCAGCUGGACCUGGUCUUGCUGAAGAAUGUGCGACACUGGGUGGCUGCAGAACAGGAAUGGCAAAAGUUACUAAAGCAUAUGAUCUUCCAGCUAGAAAGGUUAUACACACAGUUGGCCCCAAAUAUGCUGUCAAAUAUCAUACUGCUGCCGAAAAUGCUCUAAGUCAUUGCUAUCGCUCUUGCCUUGAACUCUUAAUUGAUAAUGGCCUUCAAAGCAUUGCAAUGGGCUGCAUUUAUACAGAAAACAAGAAUUAUCCCCGAGAACCAGCUGCUCAUGUUGCAAUAAGAACUGUUCGGAGGUUUCUUGAGAAACAGAAAGAUAAGAUAAAAGCCGUGGUGUUUUGUACAACAACAUCAUCUGAUACAGAGAUAUAUAAAAGAUUGCUUCCUCUCUACUUUCCUCGCGACAAACAGGAAGAGGAUAUAGCCAUUACAAAACUUCCUGCAGACGUUGGGGAUGAGAAUGGUGAGACAGUUAUAGAUGAACGUAAAAUCAGAAUAAAGCCUCUGCCUAAGACAAAAAAGUCUGUUUCAAGAGAACCACAAGACAUUGUUGAUCUCCCUGUCAGUGAGGCUGGAUUGGCAAGACGGAGCUCUUCCUAUUUAGACUCAUAUCUGGAUCCCGCUUUUAUGUCCCUUAUCAAGGAUCCUGAUCAGCGAAGGAAAGAACAAUGGGAAAAAACUAUUGAAGAGCAAAACCGAUGGAACUGCUUUAAAAUGCUUGGAUAUGGUAAUCUUGGCGGUCCUCCUUUAUCAGCUGCCGAAGAAUACUCCCUUCACUCCAGAUAUCUUGCCAAAGCAAAUUCGUUGAAUCUUUCAGACAUUGCAGAGAUGAAGAUUAUUUACCGGGGUGGGGUUGACAGUGAGGGUCGCCCAGUUAUGGUGAUUGUAGGGGCACAUUUUCUCCUGAGAUGUCUUGAUUUAGAGAGGUUUAUUCUUCAUGUUGUAAAGGAGUUUGAGCCAUUGAUACAGAAGCCUUAUACUAUUGUGUACUUUCAUUCUGCAGCUUCCUUACAGACGCAACCAGAUCUUGGAUGGAUGAAGAGAUUACAACAAAUAUUGGGUCGGAAACAUCAACGCAACCUUCAUGCAAUAUAUGUCCUUCAUCCAACUUUUGGACUAAAGGCUGCCAUUUUUGCAUUGCAACUCCUUGUGGAUAAUGAGGCAUGGAAAAAGGUUAUAUAUGUUGAUCGCCUGCUCCAACUAUUCCGAUACGUUCCCCGUGAACAGCUCACUAUCCCAGAUUUUGUGUUCCAGCAUGAUUUGGAAGUUAAUGGUGGAAAGGGUCUGAUUGUGGAUCCCAGAACAAAAUAUGUUCAUCCAAGGCCAUGAUCUUAUUAUCCAUGUCCAUUAUUUUCACAGAAGAGCUACUUCAAGUCUUGGAAUCACAGCUAGUCCAUUAAUACCCUUCCUGUUUCUUGUUUUUUUAUAUAUAUUUUCCAUUUCAAAUGUCUGCAGAAGGUUGCAUAUUCUUCUU